AUGGCUGACGGCGAAGAGGACUUCUCCUCCUUUCCUCUGGAAGAGCGGUUUGCUAAUAAGAGCUGGAAAGUCCGCAAGGAAGCAUACGGAAGUGCUAAAACAGUCUUUGAAAACACCGCCGAUGAAUCAGACCCGGCGUUCGUGCCAUUCCUACGAGACCCCGAUUUGUGGAAAGGGGUAGUCACAGACUCCCAUGUUGCCGCACAGGCCGAUGGUCUUGCAGCAUACUGUGCUUUCCUCAAAUUCGGAGGAACCCAGGCUUGUACAAGGAGCCGUGGAUUUACGAUUGGCCCAAUCGCCGACAAAUGUCUGCCGGCCCCAAAAGCUAAACCCGGUGCUCUAGAAGCGAUCUUGUUAUUUGUGAAAUUCGACAAGGCCGAUCCGGUGUUCGAGGCACUCGUGCCCCAACUCACACACAAACUACCUAAGAUGGUCGCCGCCACAUUCUCAGCUUUCACUGCCAUACAUCACAACUAUGGAUGCAAGACAGUCGACCCUAAGCAAACUUUAAAGACGCUACCAACCGGAUUUGCCCAUGCCGAUAAGAACGUCCGUGUCGAAGUACAGAAUCUUGCAGUCGAACUCUAUCGGUGGCUCGGGGAGGCUAUCAAGUCAUUUUUCUGGGCUGGCCUUAAACCCACUCAACAAGCGGAUUUGGAAAAGCUAUUCGAGAAGGUGAAACAGGAACCACCGCCGCAGCAGAUAAUGUUCACAGCAGCGCAAGAAUAUGCCAUGGCCAGCGCCUCCCCGGCAGCCGAAGAUGGUGGAGAAGCAGCCGACACGGGCUUUGAUGAUGAGGGCGAUGAGGAAGAGGUUGAUGGGUAUAACCUGGCAGAUCCAGUUGAUGUUAUGUCCAAAAUCCCUAAGGACUUCCAGGAACAAAUGGCUUCCAAGAAAUGGCAAGAACGCGUGGAAGCGUUGGAAGCUCUUCACAAGGCCAUUGAUGUUUUCAGAAUCAAACCCGGUCCCUUCGAUGACAUUGUGCAGACGUUGGCGGCGAACGUUGGCAACGUCAACAUCAAGGUCAUGACUGGGGCUGCAAACUGUAUCAGCAAGUUGGCCAGCGGUCUGCGCGGCGGUUUCCUCGCGAAAUACCGUGGUGAGGUCAUGAGACCCCUUUUUACCCGUCUGAAGGAGGUAGGUGAAAAGGCGAAGCCUGUGUUCGGCGCUUUGCAAGCUGUUUUCGAAACAGCCACACUUUCGGAUUGUUUAGAAACAACUCUUGAAUUCCUCAAGGAUAAGAAUCCACGAAUCAAGCAGGGUACUAGCGACUUCCUGGUUCACUGCUUGGAAAAAACCAAAACGGUGCCAUCCAAAGCAGAGCAGAAAGAGAUCGCCGAGGCAGGCGGAAAACUCCUCCCCGAGUCAGCUCCGGCAACCCGUGAAGGAGGUGCUAAGAUCCUGGGCACUUUGAUGAAGAUCGCGGGCGAACGAGCCACGUACGCGUAUCUUACGGGUGUUGACAAGCUGGACAAAUACAAACCAAAGAUCGCCGAAUACUUUGAGACAGCAAAGGUGGUCGCCAAGGAGCGCCCCAAGCCUAUAGUGGCACCCCCAAAGCCCGCAGCUCCAGCUGGCAAGAAAGUUGUUGGCAAGAAGCCAGCCCUAGGAAUGAAAAAACCGGCUCCUGCGGCUACUGCGCCUCCAGCGCCCGAAUCUCCUGCUAAGGCUGCGCCCAGAGCCUUGCCUUCAAAGCUCGGCGGUGUUCCCAAACCUGGUGGUCUCCCCACCCCUGGGGCUGGCCUCAAGCUUCAAAGAAAGUUAGCUGGCCCAGGAAGCGCUGCCUCGCCAUCGAGACGGGUCGCCGACCCCCCAUCAGAAGACACAGCACCCCCGCCAGCUGCCCCGAAGUUUGGACUUGGUCGUGGUCUUGCUGGGCGUCCCAUUGCGAAGCCAUCAGCGCCUGUAGAAUCCGCCCCAAGCCCGGUUUCCCCCGCCAUGAACGCGAUGUCGGCCGCUGAUCGUGCCGAGUUGGAGGAACUUCGCAUGGAGAAGGAAAGCUCCAGCCGAACAAUUGAAGAUAUGAAGUCAGAGCGUUCGAGGCUCAAUUCCACGAUCACUGAGCUCCAGAACCAGAAUGCACAGCUGAUUGAAGAUCACACCCGAGAUGUUUUGAGCAUUAAAGCCAAAGAGACUCAAUUGGUACGGGCACGAAGUGAUGCUGAAGCCGCAGAAGCGAAUGUCCAAAAACAACAAAGAGAGAUAGAACGCCUGAAGCGUGAAUUGGCACGAGCACUUCGUGCAUCUGCCAUGAGCCCGCCAAACGCAACAUCUGAUACCGGCAGCAUUGGUAUUCCAGAAACCACCUCGUCGAUUUAUCAAGAACCCACCGGAAGCGCACAUGCGUUUGCACGAAACGGUCUUCACGCGGGAUCCCGCUUCGAGAGCGCGCGUCCUCGCAGCAUUGUCUCUGCUAGUCCAAGCGAAGAGAAAGAAAACACCGGUCUGGAAUCCCCAGGGUUUGGCAGUCGAGAUGGCGGCCUCGGCCGACGCAAGUUGAGCCCUACAUAUGGCUACUCGGGCAUUGCCAGUCCGACACGCUCAUCCACCCGGAACUCUAACACCAACCUCACAGAAGACGACCAACAACAACCCAGACCUACUGAGCCAGCUGAAAACUGGAAGCGGGCAGCGGAAGUCACCAGUCAACUGAAGGCGAGAAUUGAACAAAUGAAGGUACGACAAGGGCUUUCACGACAACCCGCCCAACGUUAA